CUUCAGUCAAGGUCUUGCUUAAAUGUUCUGUUUAUUGGUUAAUCGCCAUUAAUUUCCCGCAUGUUUGGGCGCUGUUUGACACGGUUGAGGCCGAUACGGAACGUCCGGAUAUGCUUCUUGAGCAAAACUGAACCCUGUUACUGCUGCCUUUCACAAGAACAAGAUCCUACGGUUGCUAAAACUUGUCCGUUAGCAUCGCUCAAUACUAUCAAAUCGCUACAUACUGCUAUUGCAUAUUUUUGUCCGUGUCAACCGCAAAAAGAACUUAGGAUGAGACAACUGACUUUCGACAACCAGGCACUUAAGUGUCUGCCAUUUGAUCCUUCGGACGAUGUUAAAACGCAGAGAUCUGUUCCUAAUGCAUGUUUUUCCAAGGCACAACCGACCCCUGUCGAGAACCCGGUGAUGGUUGCUUAUUCUUCGUCUGCUUUAGCCCUGCUGGGGUUAAGUGUUGAGGACAUUGAGACAAAUGAGGCCGUAGAAUAUUUCAGUGGGAAUAAAAUCAUGAAAGGCUCAGAACCAGCUGCCCAUUGCUAUUGCGGUUAUCAGUUUGGUCUAUUUUCGGGUCAACUUGGAGACGGAGCUGCUAUGUAUCUUGGUGAAGUUAUAAACGAUAAGAAUGAACGAUGGGAAAUACAACUGAAAGGGGCUGGCCUUACACCAUUCUCUCGUGGUGCCGAUGGCAGGAAAGUACUACGCAGUAGUAUACGAGAAUUUUUAUGUAGUGAGGCUUUUUAUUACUUGGGUAUUCCAACCACAAGAGCUGGAACAUGUAUAACAUCAGACUCUACAGUUGUAAGAGAUAUUUUCUACUCGGGCAACCCUCGCCAAGAAAAAUGUACGAUUGUCCUCCGUAUUGCUCCUACAUUUCUCCGGUUUGGAUCAUUUGAAAUUUUCAAAGCUGAAGAUGAUUUAACUAAGCGAUCUGGACCCAGCACUGGCAACAAGGAGCUAUUAUUUCAGUUGUUGGAUUACUCAGUCAAGUCUUUUUAUCCUGAGAUAUGGUCAGAACAUCAGAAUGACAAACAGCAAAUGUAUUUGAACUUCUACAAAGAAAUUGUAAAAAGGACAGCGAAAUUAGUGGCGGCAUGGCAAUGUGUUGGCUGGUGCCAUGGUGUAUUGAAUACAGACAAUAUGAGUAUCUUGGGUUUAACAAUCGACUAUGGACCGUUUGGAUUCAUGGACAGAUUUAAUGACGAUUUUAUUUGUAAUUCAUCUGAUGGAGAAGGCCGAUACUCUUACAGUAAACAACCAGAGAUCUGUAAAUGGAACUGUCGCAAACUGGCAGAAGAUAUCCAAGAAGCUGUGCCACUUGACAAAACUUUACCCGAGUUGGAAAAUAUCUUUGAUAAAACAUUUAGUGACGAAUACUUUGGAAUGAUGAAGAAAAAGCUUGGCUUCCAAAAAGACCACAAAGAGCUGAACAAUAUUGUUAAAGAUCUUCUUAAAACUAUGUGCUCAACUGGAGCGGAUUUCACAAACACUUUCCGUUUCCUGAGUAAAUUAGCUGUUCCAGGUGGAGAAGGCAUUGGCAUAGAUGAAGCACUUGAAUACCUUGUUUCAAACUGUUCAACCAUUGAAGAACUUAAAGCUGACUGCCAUCUUCGAGUGGACGCAAGAGAUUUUAACUUAAUUUUGGCAAUUGCUCAAACCAACCCAGACAUUUUAACACAACUUGGACCAGAGGUUCAUAAAGUUUUUAAAGAGUUGGAAAGAAUUGAAAAUGCCAGGAAACUAGCUGACAGGUCUCAGGAAGAGAAGGAACAGAGCGACAAGACAGAAUGGAAGGCAUGGUUGGAGCAAUAUCUUCAGUUAUUGCAGACUGAAGCCAGUGAAGAAGACGAUUUGGAAGGAUUCUGCAAGAAAAGGGUUCACCUUAUGAAUAGUAUCAAUCCAAGGUUUGUACUACGUAACUAUAUCGCAGAGAAUGCUAUAAAAGCUGCUGAAGCUGGUGAUUUCUUUGAGGUACGCCGGGUUUACAGUCUUCUUCAGAAUCCUUACACUGACAACAUAGAACUGGAUGAGGUUUCUACAAACAGAUUAGAUAUAUCUUCCAAUACUGAUAACACUGAUCAAGCUUCAUCUUGUGAAGGCGCUGUGGCAGCAGCGGCAGCAGCGGCAGCAGCUUCAUCUUGUGAAGGUGCUGUGGCAGCAGUGGCAGCAGCUUCAUCUUGUGAAGGUGCUGUGGCAGCAGCUGUUGAGGACUCCAGUGUUUACAGUUCCUCAGGAAUCAGUUAUGACUGCAAACCUCCAAGUUGGGCUUAUGAUAUACGUGUCUCCUGAUCUUCAUAAAUUAUCUCUCAAUACUGCACCAUAGAAGCACUUGUUACUCACAAAUACACUUUAUUAUAUUCUUGAGGGUGGCAAGCUGGGCAGAAUCGUUAGCAUGCUGGAUAAAAUGCUUAGCGGUAUUUCGUCCGUCGCUACGUUCUGAGUUCAAAUGCCAUCGAGGUCAACUUUGCCUUUCAUCCUUUUAGAGUUAAUGAAAUAAGUACCAGUUACACACA